AUGGCUUCCACAAGGUCGUCGACGAAUAAACAUGAGCCCACGUCACCUGACCUGGACAAGAACCAGAAGAGGAAACUCCGUAACCGUCUCUCCCAGCGCGCCUUUCGUCGAAGACAAGCCGAGUAUCUCAGAGAUCUAAGAAACCGAGCCGAAGCCUCGCAGAAGCCAGACAAUGAGAGAGUCGCCGAGCUCGAAGAUGAGAACGGCCGUCUACGCGCUCACAUCACCGAGCUACAGUCGCGGUUGGAGGGUGUACAGGUCACGCUUCAGAUGAUAGCUUCAUCAUCUUCCAAAAUCCUUGGUCGAUCUAAGAGUUCUCUGCCUCGCCAAUCACGGAUAGAAGACAGAGACUCGAAGCAGGAAGACAAUGAGGCACCAAGGGAUGACUCCAUUACUGCUAAUGAAGCACAGUCUGAAGCAAACCUCUGGCCACCCUUUUCCUCUGCUGCCCUCGAAGCUAUCCAAAUCCCCGACCUAUCCUUUCCAACCAACGUCGAUUCUACCAUAGAAAUCCUAGCCAGUGGCGCUGUUCAAGCGAGAUCCAGUCUUGUCCGCGACGUCAUGGACAGCGUAGACCCGAUCGACCCGAACCUAUCCAAGUCUCCUCUACAGCUACAGAGAACGCGGAGUGUCUGGAACUUCAACUAUCAGAUGGGGAACCAGGCAUAUAUCGAUGCUAUCGAGUCUUGUGCGUCCUCCAAACCCACGAGCGGCUUGAGAUGGAUUGAUUCCAACUCGCCAAUCUUGGACCACAGGCAGAUCUUGAGGAGACUGUUGCUGACCGAGCUGAAGCCGAUGAUUCGCGAUAACCGAUCUUUCCAGGCGCUCUACCAGUCUGUCUCUGCUGUGCUGGCCAUGUUCAACAGCGUCACUCGCCCCGGUGUCAUGAACUGCUCUUCAACAAGGCGAAGGCAUAGACAACAUGGCAUCCCUCCCAGCACCCGACAUCAAGACACUCUUCUCAUCCCCCGAGUGCGCGUACCUCAAGAUGAACUGCGGAGCCAGAUGAACUGUGGAGCCUUUUACUACAAGAUCGGUCCCGUUUUCUUCAGCAAGUACCCCCGAGCUGUGGGAUCCAUCCGACGAAAUAGUGGCCUCGGGGGUACCCCUGAAGCCGGGGACGCAGACGACGUUGGCGAACCCCAACUAUGUCGAUGCCAUGACAGUUGCGACAUAUUGUAG